AACGCGAGUUCAACAUCGAAUAUAAACAUCUUAUAAACCCUCAUAAACCCUAAUUUCUUUCUCUCUAGAUCACCACCGUCGUCACCAUGGGCACGCCAGAAACCUCCCGAGAACCCUGCCCAGACCGCAUCCUAGACGACAUCGGCGGCGCCUUCGGCAUGGGCGCCGUAGGCGGCUCCGCCUUCCACUUCCUUAAAGGCACCUACAACUCCCCCACCGGCCUCCGCUUCAAAGGCGGCACAGACGCCGUCCGUAUGAACGCCCCACGUGUUGGCGGCAGCUUCGCCGUCUGGGGAGGCCUCUUCUCCACUUUCGACUGCUCUAUGGUCUACCUCCGCCAGAAAGAAGACCCCUGGAACUCCAUCAUCGCCGGCGCCGCCACCGGAGGGUUUCUCCAGAUGCGUCAGGGUUUAGGCCCCGCCGGCCGAUCUGCCGCUUUUGGUGGCGUUCUGUUGGCUUUAAUUGAAGGUGCAGGGAUCAUGCUUAAUAAGUUUCUUAGUGCUCAACAACCUAUGCCUGUUAUGGUUGAAGACGCCCCACAAGAAACUCCCAAUAUGCCUCCCGGUUUUCAGCUCCCGAAUCGGGGUUCACAACCCGAUCAGACGCUUGAUGGGUCAUCAUCUGGAUCGUCUUGGUUUGGUGGGUUGUUUGGGGGGAAGCAGGAGGAACCGAAGGGGAAAGCGAAGACGGAGGUUUUGGAGAGUUUUGAUUCGCCGAUGCCGCCGACUUUUGAGUUCAAGUAAAUUUAAAUUUGGUGAUGUUUUGGGGAUUAAUGGAAGAUUUUAUGUUUUGGGUGCUAAUGAUGUUUUGAUUCUUAUAAUAUGUUGUUACCAACAAUGAUAGUAUGAUGUAGAAAUAAGUCCUUAUUACAUUUGGUUUUGUUAUUUUGAGGAUAUGCUAACAAACAGGUGUUCUUGUUCUUUGAUGCA